AUGUUAUAUUGGACAGACCCUCGAUCGGGGCAGAUUUACCGCUGUGACUCUCAAGGCACGGUGGAUACGACGACAGAGUCAGAUUCCACAACCCUCAAUGACCUCUCAGGAAGGGGUGUUGGAGACCAGUUUUCUGAUGGCAGCAGCUACGAUGUGCUAGCGGUGGGUGCCUCUCGUCUCUACGAGGAUGAAAAGUCCACCUCGGGUGCUAUCUCCGAGCCUGAGAUACUGCCCAGCCUACAGCGACGGCGGCGGCGGCUGCGGAAGAAGACAGGAAAAGCGCGGGUGGGAAGUCGGUCCCAUAGGCAAGAUGGUGGAAACAUGCACCAGCGUACCGUCGUAGUGGUGAAGCAACCCAAAAUUGAUCUGGACAACAUGGUUGUUGUGGCUUUCGACAGGAUUCAGGCCUCAGGCGGACUUCAGGAGUCUGUCGCUGUCCAGACAUCACCUUCGGAGGAGAAUAUGGACUCUAGCGAUCUACAAAGACGACGUACGACUGGGCGUGGGACCGGGUUUUGGAGGAAGGGCAAGGCCACUUCUGAAGACAAGAGUGUGGGUAGCAGUGAAAAACCGCAAGAGGUCCAACAAAGCAAGCGAAAUCAUCCUUCGGAAAGCGCGUUAAAGAAACUUCUUCGUUUUGUGAAGCCCUCGGGUCGAUCGCACUCGGAGUACACGGCUCCUGUGGCUCGAAUAUUUUCUGGUCGUAACCUUGACCGUGGUACGGUGGCCUACACUUCCACACACCACCCGAGUCUCCGCCUACCGGUGAGGAGCCCCCUGCCCACUGAUCUAGCAUGUGCUUCAAUGGGUGCCGCUGGACAUCUCAUCUGGGAUUCAUCGCACCUCCAAAUCCAUCGUCCGCGCCUCGUCGGCGACCGACCCCGGCUCCUUCUCCACCGUACCUGGAACCCCAUGGAUCCCACCCUCCUAAACGCCAACGGCACGCCCAUACCGACUUUUCAAGCAUCUCUCUCACAAACCAAAAAUCAGCCGCCUCCCACCCCCUUUCCCCUGGAUCAAGAUCUGAAAGCUACAUCGCCCUCCCUGGGAGUCAGCUCUCCGCUGGAUGAGGGGAACUACGUCUCUUUGGGGCAACAGCAGAACUACGCCGAACUGGCCUUCUCACCAACGCCAAAGCAGCAUCAACAGCAGCGGCAGACUGUGCAUCUAGUUCCUGGUAGUGCAGAUUCUACACUCGCCCACAUUCCUCCACCAAUGGCAGCACUGAGUCUGACAAAGCUUAAAUCGGUCCUCUCCUCUUGCCCUCCGCAACAACCCCCUCCGGGUGAGGAGGCUGAGGGAUUGGCUUCUUCUCCAACAACCACUCUCGAUGCCAUGGCCCGUAGUGGUAGCGGCGGUGGAGACGCUAGCAACACCAACAAGUGCACUAUCAAUCAAUUGUAUGACAUGAAUCUCAGUUGCUGCUCUACUGCUUAUGAAUCCAUUGUUGAUGCAAGUGAUUUCCGUGUUCCUAUGGAAAUAUGCCUUUGGAUGUGUAUGCGAAAUGCUAAAGUUGCGGAGAGUGGCGAACCAACGGCCCCAAAAAGUGAUCGGAAAGUGUACGAGGAUGCCGAGGCUCUCUAUCGACAUCUUUCGCUUGUGAGGAUCGCUGAUGAGACUUCCCCGAUGACGAAUCAUCCCUCCCUUGAGCCCCCCAAAUCCAUCAGCUCUGUGCCGCAUCCAGAUGCGGCCUGUCUCACCAGAUUGUACGUGGGUGCACACCCAGAUGCUCAUUCUCUCUCCUCCUCAUCUCCACGUGUGCGUGUACGCGUGUUUGUUGUGCAAUGA